CAAAAUAUACAAAGCAAAGGUCCAAAACCGAAAUACAAAAACAAAGAACAGCAACCCAACCAAAAGUUGAGACCAAAACAAAAGAAAACCCAGAAACAUCCUCGUCCGCAGCAUUGCCCGCCACCACCGCCACUACAACCAUCAAAAUAGCAGCCGUGCAUGUCGAUCUAUCCAAAAUCUUGCCCCAAAUUAAACCGCGCCUCAUUGAUACCUCUGAGCAUAGCUACAGACCACCAACAACCUGCAGCCAAUUGAAAGAAGCUCGUGGGAGUCUACAAGCAACACUGCCAACAAAAGGCAGACAACAAAGAGAGGGUGACGGUGCAAGGAACACCCGACACAGUGAAAGCACCAGAUCGAUACACACCCACUCAAAACACCGCAACAAAACGCGGUCAAAGGUGACUGAAGCUCGGAAAUUGGAUGAAGAUGGAUGAGAGACAGGGGAGAGAGGAAGGCAGAUCAGCCAAGAAACCCAAGGAAAAAAACAGCGGAUGGAAGUAAAGAAAGAGAGGAAGAAAGAAACAAAAGAAAAUCCACCGAUCCCACAGAACGGUGAGAAUCACCCUCAACCAGAGGGAAGGUCUCUCACAGGAGAGAAAGUUCAAUUUUAUUUGUGGUUCUCUGCACAAUGUGCACAUGUUCGCUGCUUCAAGAUUUACAUUUUUUGUGUCUCUACUUGCACCAUCGCCAUUUCACAGAGAGCCUUCUUCUCUGCUUCUCUGGAAUUUACCAGUGAAGGAAAGCUGGAGAGAAACAGAAAGGAAAACUCUACCUUCUGGUUUGAGAGAGAGAUGCUCUGCUCCGGCAGACUUUUGGCCGUUUCUUUCGCCCGUAAAUCGGUGCUGUCCGUACAAACUGCAUGGCUCCGGCUGCUCCAAAUUCAGCUAAACAAGAAGCCCUAUAUCAACAAGCAGCUCCAGAUGGAGAUCCCUAGCCAUGGCUUCGGAGCCCGACUCCUCCUCUUUCGCUCCGUCUGUCGAUUCUGAUCCCAAUCCCGCUGCCGAUACAAAUCCCGCCGGAUUUUGUAUCAGAGAGGGGCCUGAAACAGUGCAGGACGUUGCCGCAAUGGAGCUGCAGAAAAUUCAAGAUAAUAUUCGGAGUCGUUGCAACAAAAUUUUCGUGCAUAUGGAGGAGGUUCGCAGGCUGAGGAUACAACAGCGGAUUAAACGCGCAGAGCUUGGAGCGGUAAAUGAAGACCAAGAAAACGAACUUCCUAGUUUUCCAUCAUUCAUUCCAUUUUUGCCUCCCCUGAGUUCAUACAACCUUAAGCAGUUUUAUGCUGUUUGUUAUUCAAUUAUUGCGGGGUUUAUCCUUUUCAGUGGCCUCAUAGCACCCUCUGAAAGUUCUUUAUGCAUUAACUUCUUGUGAGAUUCACAAUUACUAAGCAUAGCUGAUGUGAUAUAUAAUCCCAAGACUUUGAGUGAUUCUGGAGCUCUGGAACUCUUUAGGCGGCAUGCCUUCGGAAAAAACCAACCCACCAGAGAUUAUGAUAAUCUCUCGAAUCGUGACGUAUGCUCAAGGUCUGCCUUUAGCACUCAAAGUUUUGGGAGCUUUUCUUCGUAAAAAAACUAUACACGAGUGGGAAGAUGAGUUAGAAAAAAUAAGGAAAAUCCCGCAAAGAGGAAUUCAUGAUGUGCUUAAAACAAGCUUCAAUGGACUAGAUGACAUAGGGAAAGACAUCUUUCUAGAUAUUGCAUGUUUCUUUAAAGGGAUGAAGAAAGACCAUGCAACUGAAAUUCUGGACAGUUGUGGUUUCCAUCCUCAUACAGGAAUAAGAGUUCUAAUGGAUCAAGCUCUCAUAACUGUCUCAAAGGAAGGGGAACUGGAGAUGCAUGAUACAUUAGAGGAAAUGGGUCGAGAAAUCGUCUGCCAAGAAUCUAUCAAAGAGCCUGGGAGACGAAGUAGGUUGUGGAGUUAUGACGAUGUUCAUCACGUGCUAACUCAAAAUACGGCUACAAAAGCAGUUGAAAGCAUAAUCGUGGAUUUCUUGUACUCAGAUUGGGGAUGCUUAAAUGCUGAAGAUUUUAUUAGUAUGACUCAACUAAGACUUCUCAAGAUCAGUCAUAAGGACUAAAUUUUUAAACUUGAUUACUGCAAACACCACUUGAUUGGGCCCUUUAAGUUACUUAACUUGAGGUAUCUCUCCUGGUUUAAAUUCCCUCUCAAGUCUUUGUCAUCCAACUUUCAAUUCAAAAAUCUUGUUGAACUUGACAUGCAAUUUAGUCUCAUUGACCGACUUUGGGAAGGAACCGAGGUACGUACAAUCAUUACAUGUAUUUGUUUCUUUUAAAUGUUUGGGUUUUUAGUGGGAUGUCUUAUUAAGUAAUGCAUGUUUUCUUGAAUGUUUUAACAGACGCUGGAAAAGUUGAAAUUAAUCAAUUUAAGUUAUUGUCAAUACCUUAAGGAAACCCCUGACUUCACAAAUAUGCCAAAUCUUGAGAGGCUAAUUCUUCAAAGUUGUAUGAGAUUAAUUGAGGUUCACCCGUCUAUUUCGACGCUUACAAACCUUGUUUUAUUGAAUCUGAAUGGGUGCCAAAAACUUAAGAUUCUACCUAGCAGCAUUCGUAUGAAAUCUCUCAAAACCUUUAAUCUUUUUGGCUGCUCCAAACUUGAGAUGUUUCCAGAGAUUUCAGAAGUGAUUGGUUUAUUCGGGUCAAAAAAAUUAAAGAACUGUCCCCGUCAAUUAAUAAUCUCAUGGGGUUGAGUCAUUUGGACCUAGAAAAUUGCAAGGAACUUAAGAGUUCCAAGCAUCAUUUGUAUGAAAUCUCUCAAAACCUUUAAUCUUUCUGUCUACUCGAGUCUUGAGAUGUUUUUAGAGAUUGCAGAGGGUAUGGAGGAGUUAGAAGAGUUUAAUUUAUCUUGGUCAAAAAUUAAAGAACUACCCCUGUCAAUUAAUAAUCUCACGGGGUUGAGUCAUUUGAACCUAAGAUGUUGUGUGGAACUUAAGAGCCUUUCAAGCAGCAUUCGUAUGAAAUCUCUCAAAACCUUUAACCUUUCUGGCUGUUCCAGUCUUGAGAUGUUUCCAGAGAUUUCAGGAGUGAUUGAGGGGUUAGAAGAGCUUAAUUUAUGCGGGUCAAAAAUUAAAGAACUACCAUCGUCAAUUAAUAAACUUACAAGGUUGUGUUAUUUGGUCCUAAGUGAUUGCAACGAACUUAAGAGGCUUCCACGCAGCAUUUGUAUGAAAUCUCUCAAAACCUUUAAUCUUUCUGGCUCCAGUCUUGAGAUGUUUCCAGAGAUUUCAGAAGUGAUUGAGGGGUUAGAAAAGCUUGAUAUAUCCUGGUCAGAAAUUCAAGAACUGCCCUUGUCAAUUAAUAAUCUCACGAGAUUGAGACAUUUGAACCUAAAUUAUUGCAAGGAACUGAAGUGUCUUCCAAGCAGCAUAUGUCAACUCAAGUUCCUUGUCUGUCUCUCUCUUUCUGGUUGUAUAAAAUUUGAGGUGUUUCCAAGCAUUGAAGAAAAUAUGGAAGGAUUAAGAGAGCUUUCCUUGAAUGGAACAUCUAUCAAAGAGCUUUCCCCUUGGAUUGAACGGCUUACGGGGUUAGAAAAGCUUGAUUUAUCCGGAUCAAAAAUUGAAGAACUGCCUUCGUCAAUUAAUAAUCUCACGGGGUUGGGUUAUUUAGGCCUAGAUGAUUGCAAGGAACUUAAGUGUCCUCCAAGCAGCAUUCGUAUGAAAUCUCUUAAAUUCCAUAAUCUUUCUAACUGCUCGAGUCUUGAGAAGUUUCCAGAGAUUUUAGAAGUGAUUGAGGGGUUAAAGGAGCUUGAUUUAUCCGGGUCAAAAAUUAGAGAACUGCCCUCGUCAAUUAAUAAUCUCACGGGGUUGUGUCAUUUGAACCUAAAUUAUUGCAAGGAACUUAAGAGUCUCCCAAGCAGCAUUUGUCAACUCAAGUCCCUUGUCAGUCUCUCCCUUUCUGGUUGUACAAAAUUUGAGGUGUUUCCAAGCAUUGAAGAAAAUAUGGAACGAUUAAGAGUGCUUUUAUAGGAUGGAACAUUUAUCAAAGAGCUUUCCCCCUGGAUUGAACGCCUUACGGGGCUUCAGUAUUUAAAUCUGAGAACUUGCAAAAGACUUGUACAUCUUCCUGACUCUGUAAUUUGGCACGCCUUAUCACAGAGACAUAGCUCCCUUGGCCUGGGUUCCUCUCCACCGCAACCCCCCAAUUUCUAGGGGUUUGGGUACUCCGUGAUGGUAAACACAUGGAAACGAAGCUCCAUUUUGAAGCAAUCAAUCGGACACAACGCCGUGUUGUGGCGGCUUUCGUAGAAUUGGCGUGGUCAGAAGGCUAGCCACAGCCCCAUUUUUUGAAUUCCCAAGAGGUGGCAUUUUCCAUGGAGAGGUACAUAACUCCACGGCCGGAUUCUUUUGAUUUGUGCUUGUGCAGAAACUGUGAAGAUAUUGGCAUGUCAAUUCCCGUUGCUAACUUGCUAAUGCCGCUGGUGCUCCUCCAAUUUGGGUGCAAGUCUGGCACGCAUGCUUUUGCGGGGAAGAUGCAUGAGAUUGCAUUGUCUGGAAUUAGCAGUCUAAAACGGCACAACAAGAGGAGGAAUAAAUAAGAGCCUCAACGAUUUCAUCUCUCUCUUCGGAAGAAUGUACCUUGUACCAACUAAUGCUAAAGCUCUAGACGCUAGAAUUGAAUGGUUCUGGUAGAUAUUUCUAGCAUCUGUAUAAGUACUGUUUGGAGAAGGACGUUAUCGCGAUUCAGGGCCGGCCUUGGCCCAGUGCAAACAGUGCACCUGUCCAGGGCCGAAAUUGUUUUGGGGCACUUCGGGAAUCGCGACAGUGGUGACCAGAGCCUUUUUUCCAGACCAGUGCCCUUUGGUCGCAGUUUUCCUUAUCAGCCUCUUGACCUCCAAAAUCGCUGCAGAAAUUGCCCAAAACUCGACUGAAUUUUACAGAAUUGGUCGCUGUCGUUCACCGCUGCAGUCCUCUGCGUGCAACUCAUUGAGCUUUCUGGGUACUCUUGCUCCGAGCACACAAUUCAGACGAAAGAUGGGUACUUACUGGAUUUGAGAUGUGAAGGACUAUUAGAAGUCGUGUUUGCUAGUGCAAUUUCUGUAUGGUUUGAGAUUUGAAGGACUAUUGAGAUUGCUUUGGUGGGGAGUGUUCCCCAUGACUGAUCCGUGAGUAAAAUAUUGAUUCUCUGGACGCCUGAUUAGUGAAAAGCCUUGCUUUCAUAGCUCCUUCCAAUUUUUUCAACAUAUUGGUCCUACUAAGUUGAUUAUUUCAAACUUUGAAUGUAUAGCUCAAUAUUUGGUGCCCCCUGAUCUGAAGUUUUCAGGUUCAGCUGGAAUUUCCUUUCUUGAAACUAACUAUUGGGUGACGCAUGGUUCUUAAAUUCUCCAGAAGGAUCUCUGGGAUUCAUCCUUGCAGAUCAAGGUUUUGAUGUAUGGGAUUUUUGGGAUUGGAGUUCACGGGAAUUGGCUCGGUUUGAUCUAUCAGAAAUGAUCCGCUGCAGAUAUUCGACAACAAGCUCCGAAGUCUUUGUUAUUGGAAUUCACAGGGAACGAUCAUGUCUUUGGCUGCUCUCACCCAGCCGGAUAUAGCAGAACUGGUUGAAGCUGCCGCGCUUUUCUGUCCAAUAUCAUACUUGGAGCAUAUCACUUCUAAAUUUGCUUAGAGUGGUUAACAUAUAUGUUGAUCAGGCCGACCACUACAGAGGAGCGAGGGAUAGCUGUCCGAGGGCUGAAAGCCAGUAGGAAACCAGUCGUUUCAACUUGCUCCGAUCCCAGCUCCUUGUAUUUGGAAGGAACUUUGGAUUGCAGCGUUGUUGCCGGGAAGAAUGUGAUUUGUGACAGUGGUAUUUGGCUCAGAGUGCAAGAAGGACAGGUGAUGAAAGAUGCAGGAUCCAUUGGUAUGAUUUUGGCAAACACAGCUGCUAAUGGAGAGCCAACAUUUCUCUCCACUACUUUACCUCCCAUAGCAUUAAGCUUAGCUUUAUUUUUUUAGCUAAUGUCAAAUUACUUUCCACUACUUUAGAGAGAAGAAAAGGAGAUGCCAUCUCUUCCUUUAAACUAUUCUUCAUUUAAAUAUAUUAAAUCGAAGGGCACAAAGAAAUUACUUUUCAUUUGAAUAUAUUAAAGAAAGUUUCUAGACC